UCACCGCCUUCCCCCGAAGAAGAAGAAGAAGAAGAGAAAAGGCGGAAGUAAGCCACACGUCGCCGAGCGGAGCCCGAUCGCUCCUCCAAGCACUUUGUUAACGCUUUCAAAUCCAAGCUAGGGAUUUUUGAUCGACAGUAGAAGGCGUCAAUCCCAUUGAGACCUUUACUCCACUCUCGCGCAACCAAGCGUCUCUGUUUAGCUUAGCUCGUUAGCUUGCUAACAAAAAGUCACAGAAGUUAGCAACAUGCUAAGGUGGCUUGAGCCUCGAGUGUUUGUCUUUUGAGGGAAAAUAUUGGGAGAAAAAGGAAGAAGAAAAAAUCUUAGUAGUAUUGUCGAAAGCAAGAACAACGGAGAACGAGAAGGAACGAAAGAAUGACAAUCGGCGACUGGACGCUCCAAUGGAUUCUCACGCCGCAGCAGCGGCUAGCGAGCUAAGCGAGGUGCGGAAGCUUCGACGCGCCUGGAGGAGACGUUUGGAGCGAGCGACUGCGAUGUCACGGGCAACCUGAUGCCAAAAGAGCCAUCGCCAUGCAGGGAACACCGGUUAGCCGAGCGCUGCGGGACCGACUGUCGCACGAUCAAGCAGCGAGGGAAAAGAUGGCAAUUCCUGGCCUUAUAUUCUUUCCCUAUGUCAGGCUCUCUGUGUUGUUUGGGUGUCGUUUGCUCGGAUCUGCACUUCUUUGAUGGGAUGCCAAAUGGAUGCCGAUGGUUAGAACGCACGUUGCCUCACAGUCAGUCCUGUGGUGUAGGGGUCCUGCGUGGGUUUCCUUCCUUCCAUUGUAGGCCGAUUGCCCAACCGCUCUAAAUCGACCAGAUGUUGAUAUCAAUAUCGAAAAAUAUACUAUUCAUUUUAAUCAUAUCGUUUUGACAUAACCAAAAAAGCAACUUCCUUUGUCUUUUGACCCUCAUGCUUCGCCUUACUUUCAUCCAAGAUGGCGGCCAGCGUGCAUGCGCAGUGAUCAUUUAAACGAAAGCACAGUGAACGUUGCCGCUCCUCCAUUGGAGCCCAUCGCCCGCGUCGAAAUGUUUGAUCGGUUUCCCCGUUUGCUGCAAUUUUUUUGACUUUCACCAAGUGCUCGUUGCUGCCAUCGAAGGCGGACAGAACAUCGUAGUUUAUUACAAGCUCUUCUCCGUUUGUUUUGACGCCUAUCUAUCCGGCCGGCCGGCCAGCUAGCUUAGCUUGUUAGCCACCAGUGCCGGAAGCCGGCGGGCCAGCCAACAUAGUGGCCCGGAUAGGAGGAGCAGAAGCAAUGGAAGCGCACACAGCAGAUGUCCAGCGGUGGCAGCAGCCGCCGCCGUCGCCUCAUAGUCCCGGAGGUCUGCCCACUCAGGAACAGGAGCGGCCGGCGGCCCGCCGCUUGAAAGACGAAGAGGAAGAAGUGGACGUGAGCCGGCGGGAGGAGCGGCCGCGUGGUGCGGACGGUCAGGAGCGGGCGGACGCGUGCGACUUCCCGGUGAUUCGCGUGGUGGUGGUGGUGAAGAGCGAAGACGAAGACGGCGUCCAAACGGAGGCGGCGCAAAGCUCUCAAGGCGGCGACCGGCACAAUCAGCCAGGCGGCCGCAAAUGUCCCCGGUGCGACCAAAGGUUCGCCCUGGAGUCGGACUUGAAGACGCACGUCACGCAAAGUCACGCGCCAGCAAAAGCGUUCGGCUGCUCGUUGUGCGCUAAAAGCUUCACUCAAAGGGGCACCUUGACCAUCCACAUGAGGAAGCACACCGGGGAAAAGCCUUACCCGUGCCCGGCGUGCGACAUGACUUUCCGGGAUCGCUCCACCAUGGUCAAACACACGCAAACGCACACGGGGGAAAAAGGCUUUGCGUGCGCCGUUUGCGCUCAGAGCUUUGCCAGGAAGAGUAAUUUGAAGGAGCACGCCAAAACGCACAGCGGCGAGAAACCUUUUGCCUGCUCAAUCUGCGCCAAAGGCUUUGCCAAAAAUAUCAAUUUGAAAGCCCACAUGCGAAUCCACAGCGGAGAGAAGCCCUUCUCGUGCUCGCUGUGCGACAUGACCUUUCGCUUUCGCUCGUCGUUGAUCCCGCACAUGAGGACGCACACGGGCGACAACUUCACCUGCUCCUUUUGCGGCAAAAUCUUCUCCAGGAUGAUGAGUUUGAUGGAGCACACCCGAAUUCACACGGGAGAGAAGCCUUUCUCCUGUUCCGUCUGCAACAUGACCUUUCGGCUGCAGUCCACCAUCGCCAACCACAUGAAAACGCACAGCCGAGAGAAACCCUUUGCAUGCUCCGUGUGCAACUCCCGCUUUACGCUCCAAGCCACCAUGUUGAGACACAUGCGAACGCACACUGGGGAGAAACCCUUCUGUUGCCACCUGUGCGGGGACAACUUUGCUUACAAGUAUCAGCUCAACAAGCACAAGUGUGUCGGCGGCGAGGGCGGCGGGGAGGGCGGCGGUGGCGCCGUUUGACUCCCGCACCAAAUGGUGGCUGGCGGCGGCGUUCUGUCCGUCCCAUGGGUAGCAAACCAGAUGCACACACACACACGUUUGCUGGUCUUCUGAAUAAAUAGUGACACGCAUUGAUGGGAAGACAGGCCCGUUCCUUGUGUGUUUUGGGCCUGUGUGGUGGCCGGCUUGACAAGAUUUAAAUCUGAACAAGAUUUAGGCUCAGCAGCAACAAUCAACAUGUGUGCGUAGUGAUCGGGAGGCACA